AUGUCAAGAUCGCUAAUUGAAUACCUUAUUGACUCGGUAAACAUAGCAUCCAACAUCCUAGAAUUUCUUUGUCAGGCAUUUUGUGAACAUAUCGAGGUUGAAGAGAGAUCGCCUCCAAAGCUUACUCUUAGUACCACAAAAGCUCUAGAUGGUCAGAUACCUCCAUCAGUCUCCUCCGGUGGAACCCAGUCCAGCAAUCUCACGUAUCGCUCGUCGUCAUUGAUUUGGGCUGCUAAGCGUGGCUACCACGUCAUUGUUAAGCAACUGCUUAAUGAAAGUGCCAAUGUCGACAUAGCAGACAUUGAUGGUUCGACAUCACUGAUGUGGGCAGCACGCGAGGGCCAUAGUCAAGUUGUAGAACUUUUCCUUGAAAGAGGAGCCAAAAUCGAAGCCUACGACAAUGCUGGACUAACGGCUCUAAUGUGGGCAGCACGCAAGGGCCAUGGUCAAGUUGUAGAACUUUUCCUUGAAAGAGGAGCCAAAAUCGAAGCCUGCGAUCAUGCUGGACUAACGGCUCUAAUAUGGGCAGCACGCGAGGGCCAUGGUCAAGCUAUAGAACGUUUCCUUGAAAGAGGAGCCAAAAUCGAAGCCUGCGAUCAUGCUGGACUAACGGCUCUAAUAUGGGCAGUACGCGAGGGCCAUGGUCAAGCUAUAGAACUUUUUCUUGAAAGAGGAGCCAAAAUCGAAGCCUGCGAUCAUGCUGGACUAACGGCUCUAAUAUGGGCAGCACGCAAGGGCCGUGGUCAAGUUAUAUACUUUUUUCUUGAAAGAGGAGCCAAAAUCGAAGCCUACGACAAUGCUGGACUAACGGCUCUAAGGUGGGCAGCACGCAAGGGCCAUUGUCAAGUUGUAAAACUUUUCCUUGAAAGAGGAGCCAAAAUCGAAGUUUACGACAAUGCUGGACUAACGGCUCUAAUGUGGGCAGCACGCAAGGGCCAUUGUCAAGUUGUAGAACUUUUCCUUGAAAGAGGAGCCAAAAUCGAAGCCUGCGAUCAUGCUGGACUAACGGCUCUAAUAUGGGCAGCACGCAAGGGCCAUUGUCAAGUUGUAGAACUUUUCCUUGAAAGAGGAGCCAAAAUCGAAGCCUGCGAUCAUGCUGGACUAACGGCUCUAAUAUGGGCAGCACGCAAGGGCCAUUGUCAAGUUGUAGAACUUUUCCUUGAAAGAGGAGCCGAAAUCGAAGCCUGCGAUCAUGCUGGACUAACGGCUCUAAUAUGGGCAGCACGCGAGGGCCAUGGUCAAGCCAUAUACUCUUUCUUCAAAGGAGGAGCCAAAAUCGAAGCCUACGACAAUGCUGGACUAACGGGUUUAAUGUGGGCAACACGCAAGGGCCAUAGUCAAGUUACAGAACUUUUCCUUAAAAGAGGAGCCAAAAUCGAAGCCUACGACAAUGGUAGACUAAUGGCUCUAAUGUGGGCAGCACGCGAGGACCAUGGCAGGUGGGUGACACAAGAAUUGGCGCACUGGCCACUAUAA